GCUGUUGUUAUCGUCGUGUGCUCUUUGUUGAUUUCGUUAUAACGAAACGAAAUCGCUAGCCGGCAUGUGACAUCACAUUGCGAAAAAAAGUUUUUAGUAACGGAAAAAAUGCCAGACGAGUUGGAUGUACGGCAGUUAAUUGAAGAAGUGAAGUCACGCCCUAUUAUAUGGGAUGUACGAUACGGGCAGUACAAGGAUAGGACAAAUACACCACAACAAUGGACUGAAAUUGCGACAAUUCUGGGAGUAGAUGUGGACUCUUGCAAGCGCAAAUGGAAAAAUCUACGCGAUGCCUAUCGCGCCGAAGUGCGUCGCAUUGAGCGUCGUGUAGAACGUUUAAGAGCUUCUGGCACCCAUGACAGUUCCAUAGAAAUACGCAGCAAGUGGGCCUACUUCGAACCGAUGAGUUUCAUAAACGACAGCCGUCGUCCCAGACAACAGACGCGUGCGCACAAGAGUGAGGGUGACGCCUCAAAUGGUUCGCACGAUGACCCGCUCGGUUUCCAUACGUUCUGUGACAUCAAAAUGGAACAUCACACUACCGACGACGACGAUUACGAAGAAGAUGACCAACUUCUAGAACAAUUCGUUAGCGCCGCUACACCACAAGCGGUACGUCGCCUCUCAAAUUCCAUAUCUGAGGCCAAUGCUGCUGAAGAUGCAGCCACAUCGGCUGACGCUGAUCAAGGCAGAGGCAACAAUUGCAAAUGUUCAAAUCGUGCUGAGGAUCAGGUGAACUUCCUCGAGAAUUUGGAACGUGAGGAGCAGAGUUUGAUGCAGUCGACGCGCAUAGAUAUGUCGCGCGACAGCAUCACCAGUCAUGUGGGUAAUUCCGAUUAUAAUUUUCUUGUCAGCUUCUUGCCACAAAUGAAGCGUAUGAGCGAGCUGCAAAAUUUGCAAUUUCGUGCCAAGAUGAGCGAGCUGUUACUGAACACAAUGACGCCGCAGCCGACUGCUGCACCCAUGCAGCUAAUAGCUAAUGCAGCACAAUUUCAACAACAACUACAGCAACAGCAACAGCCGCAGCUGCAACUACAGCAAAAACCACAGUUGCAACUACAGCAACAACCACUGUUGCAACUACAACAACAACCACAGUUGCAACUACAGCAACAACCACAGUUGCAACUACAACAGCAACCACAGUUGCAGCUACCGCACCAACCACAGUUGCAGCUACAGCAACCACCACAGUUGCAACUACAACAGCAACCACAGCUGCAGCUACAGCUACAGCAGCAACAAGAGCAAACUCAACGUGGUGUUAUCCAAUGUGCGCCCGUACCACUACAACUGGAAUUGAAACAAGACGAGCAACAAUUGCAAGCAACACAACAAUUGCAAGCAACACAACAACAACAGCAACCGCAGCAGCAGCAGCAGCAAACGCCACAGCGUCAACAACAGUUUAGCACCACUGAUCUAAUGGAUGCAGAUCCGUUGGAUAAUAGGAGCGUAAGCGUUACUAGCGAAAUGUGUGACGACAACUCAGUCAAUUGGCCAUGAAAGACGCGCGUUACACUGCUUUCCAAAGUGUUCAUUUUAUUUUUCACGAUUUUUACUAUAUUUAUUUAUGUAUGUACCUAAUUUUACUUGGCAGCCAGUCUUUCGCACAACUGAAAACACACAAUCUCAAACUUUUCAUGCACUAAGUAUUAAAAGAUUUUAACAUUUUAUAUU